GUUUGUUCCAGAAUGGAAGGAAAGAGUCUUAUAGUGCCUCCUCCUCUUUGACCUCAUCCCUAUCUUCCGAGUUUUCCUAGUUUUGAAAAAUCCCACACACGCUUUUGCUUCCACCUCCUUUCCUCACCUUAAAUUAAAUUAUUGUUCAACAAUCAAUAUCAAUAUAAUUCAAUUCCUUCAAAUUCCAGAUACCAAAAACAUAUAUUCUUUCUCUUUGUUUUCUUGUCUGUAGUAUUGUCUCUGAGUUGUUAAUUUUGUUUUCUUUCCUUUCUCAUGGGGCAGCAAUCGUUGAUUUACAGCUUCGUGGCGCGCGGCACGAUGAUCCUGGCGGAGCACACUGAUUUCAGUGGAAACUUUGCGGAGGUGGCUUUGCAGUGCCUGCAGAGGCUCCCAGCCUCCGACAACAAAUUCACCUACAACGCCGAUGGCCACACCUUCAACUACCUCACCUAUAAUGGAUUCACUUACUGUGUUGUGGCAGUAGAGUCUGUUGGUCGCCAACUUGCAAUGGCCUAUCUUGAACGCAUCAUGGAGGAUUUUUCCAAGAGAUAUGGUGGAGGAAAAGCUACAACAGCCACUGCUAAAAGCUUAAACAAAGAAUUUGGAUCCAAGUUGAAGGAACAUAUGCAGUAUUGUGUGGAACACCCAGAAGAGGUUAGCAAACUUGCAAAAGUGAAAGCUCAGGUUUCAGAAGUCCAACAAGUUAUGAGGGCAAACAUUGAUCAGGUUCUUGAUCGUCAAGUGAAGAUUGACGUUUUAGUGGGUCAAACUGAGGACCUUCGCAAUCAGGCGGGGGUUUUCAGGGAGCGGGGAGACCAGAUAAGGAGAAAGAUGUGGUAUCAAAACAUGAAGAUAAAGUUAAUAGUACUUGCCAUCGUGAUUGCCAUCAUUUUAAUAAUUGUCUUAUUGGUCACCUAGAAUUGUUACAACUCGACCCCUUUUUUGUAAUUUAAUAAAUAUAGUUGUAUAAUAUAAACAUUAUAAAUUUGUUUAUUUGAUUGACAUCACAACACUACAAAGAAAAAUAUUUUCUAUGGUUAA